AUGAAGAUUCCUCAUCGAUUUAAUAAAGAAAAAGGCAGUGCUGGUAAACAUUUUUAUUACGACUUCAUGAAAAGGCAUUCUGACAUUUCGUUGAGAGCACCGGAAUCGUCAAGCAUGAUGCGCGCCGUAGGAUUUAACAAACCACAAGUGGAUCUAUUCUACGACAACCUUGAAAAGCUGAUGAAACAGUACAAAUUCACACCCUCAAGAAUUUAUAACUGUGAUGAAACUGGUGUCAGUUGCGUGCACGAACAUCAAAAAGUUCUUGCUCCGAAAGCCAUCCGUCAAGUAGGUAAGCUCACUUCUGCUGAGAGAGGCAAAAAUAUCACAGUUUUGUUCUGUAUGAGUGCUAACGGUCACUUCAUACCCCCAUUUUUCGUAUUUCCUAGGCAAAGAAUGAAUGAAAGGCUAAUGAUGAAUGCUCCAGAUGAGAGCAUCGGUGUGGCCCAACCAAAAGGUUCACCACCACACACUACGCACAAGCUUCAGCCUCUGGACAGGACAUUUAUGAAACCAUUUAAAGACGCAUACAACCUACAAUGCGACUUGUGGAUGAGAAUAAAUGCUGGAUGUCGGAUAACGGAUUACGACAUUGCUGGUUUGGUAAAAGAGGCAUUUAUUAAAGUAGCUCGAUUGGAUAUUGCAGUAUCUGGAUUCAAAUGCACUGGAAUCCAUCCAUUUGACAGGCAUUUAUUUUCUGACUUAGAUUAUUUGCCUGCAGAUAUGACCAAUAUACCACCAGAACAAACAGAAACUGCAUCGAAUGCACUAAACAACGAACAAGCUGUCGUGGUAUCAAACUUAAUCACAAAAGAGCAAAUGAAAGAAUCUGAACAAUCUAAUAGUGAUCCUAUAACCACAAGUCCCAAACCGUCGACAAGUUCUGCUCCCGAUCUUGUUCAGAUAAUCCAUAACUUAUCACCGUUGCCUGACGCAGCAAAAAAACGAACAGCAUCUCGAAAAAGAAAGAGUGAACGAAGUGAAAUUUUAACUUCAUCGCCAUACAAAAAAGUGGCAGAAGAAAAAGAAAAUGAAAAGAACAUGAAAGAUAAAAAGAAGGAAAUAAAAUCUAAGUUUGAAGUAGCAAUGGGAGGUAAAGGAAAGCAAACCAAAGGAAUUAAAACCAAAGGAAAGAGCGUAGACAAAGAAAAAAGAAGCGAAAAACGUGAAAGCCAAAGGAAAGAAAGGAAAUGCAGUAGAACCAUUAACUGA